ACAAAAAUGGCGGCCCCCUUGAGUCGAGCUACGGCUUUGUCAGUUUUGUUGGCAUUUCAAGUUGUUUUGGUGGUGUCCCAGUCCAAUUUCUUUUUGACAUGCAACGAACCACAGUGCAAGUCAAUUGAUCUGAAUGCUGUGGAGCCACUUGAGAUAUCUGUGACAGCUUUAGCCAGCGAUUCCCCCGAGCUCUGCAUUUUUUGCUACCCCGGACAGGUCCGAAAAUGGCAUCGUCUGUGGAUGAAUCCAAAAAUCACAAUCAAGGGCUCAAGUGAAGACACGGUCUGGGACAUUUUCUAUGGUAGCAACGUGUCGGAUGUGGUGGAAAAGUCCAAGUCGCAGUCGUUUCUGACGUGGCCACAGCUAAGUGUUCUGUCGGAGCAGCACGCCUUUCAGCCGUUUAACACAUCCUGCAUCGGGAUAUCGUCCACGCAUAGCUACACGGUCAACUUCGUGGUGAAAAAUCCCGAGAUCUGGUUUGUGGGUUAUUUGGCACUGGGGAUCCUCAUCUUCCUUUUUGCCCCGUCAUGGAGCAGGAACACAAUCCUCCACUACAGCGCGGGCGUCAGUUUUGGCGUCGCUGGCUCCGUCCUCCUUCUUCUGUUCGUCCUCAACAAAUUCCUACCUCAGAAGCUGAAGACGCUGAGCUACGCGGUCUUUGCGGUCAGUGCGUCGGCCUCCAUGUUCCUCCUCCACACCUUCCACUUCCACCUUCACUACAUCCUGGUCAACUACUGGCAGGUCCUGGUGGGCUAUGUGGUUGUUGCGGCUCUGGUCAGUUUCGCUGUGGUUUACCGCUACGGCCCCAUUUCCAACCCGCGCUCUCUGGACCUGGUCAUGUGGUUGCUGCAGGGUCUGGGUUUGAUCCUCGUCUACCAGGGCUCUCAGAUCCCAGAGAUGGCGGUGGCGAUCAUCGCGGGGACCCUGGGGGUUGUCUAUUUCCCCUGGAGCGCCUUUGGCUGGUUGGAGAGACUGAG